AUGAACCAGAGCUCUAUUGGUAAAGAAGAACCCUCUGUGAAGAAGGAAUCUGGAACUGAUAAGAAUGCUUCUACAGGUACAAACUCCAAUAACCCACCACCAUCAUCAAGCGGUUCAUCGAAGUAUUCUGUAGCUGAUGGAUGGCAGGAUAUUCCUUUAAAAUCUUGCACCAAGGAGGAAGCUGAAGAUAUUCGGUAUCAUUUGAUGCGGUUUCUGACAAAGCAAAACGUUGAUAUAGUCAAAAACUUUGAAAAGCCUGUUCGAUUGCAUCGUAAGGACCCUCGUAACAUUCAGUUUCAAUUGACCAGAAAGGAAAUCGAUCAACGGAAACGUGAGCAAGAAGCUGCUGGAGGGGGGGCUGGCUCUAGUGGGGGGAAUGGAUUUUCCAACCGAAAGCAACAACCACAAUUUAAAGAAGGGAAUGGAGAAGGUUUGAAUAAAGAGGAUGGUGAUGGCAAUGAAGCUAAUGAUUCUGGAAUGAAUGAAGACACUGAUGGAGAAGUUAAGCAAGAAGGUGGUAAUAACAAUAAUAAUAUUAAUAAUAAUAAUGCUGAUAAUAAUAAUAAUACAGAAGCUUCAGCAAAUAGACCUAAAGACGGAUCAGAAGGUCCUCCUGAAGAUGGAGAUGAUAAUAACAAGGAAAAGAAGGACAAGAAUAAACCAGAUAUGUCUCAAGUUGCACCAGAUGGAGGAGCAAGAAAGUCGAAGAAGGCAGUUUUCAAACGUAAGACAAGACAAAUAAAUCUUAUGGAUGAUAACAAACGAAAAUUACGUUAUGAAGAAUACUAUCCAUGGGUGGUUGAAGAUUAUGAAGGGAAGAAUGUUUUCGUUGGAAGUUAUGAAGCAGGUGCUUCCGAUACAACAACGGUUUUAUUUGUAUUUGAUAAGGAUGGGUUCAAAAUGGUCCCCACCGAAAAGGUCUACAGAUUCACCCCAAGAAACAAAUAUGCCACCUUAACUCUUGAAGAAGCAGAAUCACGAAUGGAGAAGAAUUCUCUGGUUCCCAGAUGGUUGAUGAGAAGAAUGGAAGAUAAUGCCAAUGUUGGUGGAGUAGUGGAUUCUCGAUUCAGAAACAGUACGUCUUCUUCCACCGGAGUCAUUUCUCCUGCUGGAAGUUCUGGAGGUGGUGGAGGUGCUUCCUCAAAGAGGCGAUUACGGACUGUUGCAGGUGAAGAAACUGGUGGAGAUCCUGAUUCAGAUCGAGAUGAAUUGGAUUAUGAUGAAGAGUUUGCUGAUGAUGAGGAAGCACCUGUUAUGGAUGGAGAUGAAGAAGAAAACAAAUUUGUCGAACGGAAAAUGAAGAAGGAGAUGUUAAAGGCUUCACAUUUCGAUGCUCAAGAAGAUGUUGGAUCCGACGAAGACAUUGAUGACUUAUUUGAAACUGAAAAGUCACGGAAAGUGAAUGCUGAGGGUAAGAAAUUAAAGAAAGUAUUGCACAAGACGGAAGGUGGAGUAUAUGAUAGUGACGACGAUGAUGAUAAGUUGAAUCCCUAUUUGAGUAAAUCUGAUCUUGAGAGUGAUGACGAAAGUGAUACCAACGAAGUGGCUGUGAAGCCAGAACCAACAGAUGGAGAGUAUAAUAAUAACCUUAAGCCUGAAGUACCAACUGCACGAGCCUUUUCAGUUAGUUACUUGGGAGAUGCCUUUGUGGUUAUUAAAGCCCCUAAAACAUUUCUAGAAGGGUUCCCUGCUGGUGAAUGGAAUCCUAAUGUCGGAAUUAAGAGACCAUUACCAAAGACAAACGAAUCACCCCGAAAGAGAAUUAAGACCGAGGAUGGUACGCCUAAAUUGAAGAUAAACAUCAAGAAAGAGAACGGAGCAACUGCAGGAGCAAGAGAUACUCCACGGAAUACACCUAGUCCUGGCAAUAGAGCUCAAACCAAAUCACCUUCUCCUCCUGGAAUGGCAGUUGAUUUGAAUUCCAGCGGACCUGAUGGGAACCUUGUGACUACCAAGGAUGUACUUGAUAUUGUGAGAGAAGCUCCUUUAACCACUAAGGAGUUAUUGGUCAAGUUGAAAGCUAAAGUCAAUGCGCAUGCUGAUAACAGACCUCGGAUCAUUAGUAUCGUACGUCUGAACUUGAAGUUAGUUGAUGGUAAGUUGGUAUCGAAAGAUUAA